CAUUCCAGGUGCCUCAGACACGGAUGGGUGUCCUCAAGGAGCUGGGACUUUAGCGUCCACAGAGGCUCAGGCACUGAUCCCAGUGUUGGGCGCACCUCUGCAGUCUUGAGUGCUGUGGACCUUGGCAGGGAGGAGGUGGCAUUUGAUCUGGGAGGGAACGAGACAUGGUGGGCACUCGUUUCCACAGGAGCGGGGAGUCAAGGUGUGGGAGGGAGAGCCGGGCGGCAGUGGCCUGAAUGGCAGCCCAGGGCAGCUCACGUGGAGCCUUCCAAGCCACGUGAAGGCCUUUGAACUUUACGCUCUGGGCAGGACAGGCACGGGACCAGGGGAGUGCCAUACUGAAAUUGGCAUUUUUGGCAGGGUGACUUGGGAGUCCUGUGGUGGAUGGAUUUGGAGGGGAGAGGCUGGAGGCAGGGAGACCAAUAACGGAGGCUGCUGCAAGAGCCCUGGGAAAAGAUGGCAGGAGCCUGGCUUGGAAUGGCAAUGGCUCUCAUGACAGGCACUGUUGGCCCUGGAGGUACCAGCGCCUGGUCCAGGGACCUGGGAGGAGAGACAGUAGUGGGGAUGGCCUGGGCUAGUUCGGGGGUCUUGAACACGCUCCCAGGCGGAGGGAGGCCAGAGUCAGGUCUUAGAGAGGCUCUCGUGGGAGGCAGCCCAGAGUUGCCUGGCCCAGGUGCAAGCUGGGGACUGGGUCCCUCUGCUGGCCAUAGGGGGCAUGGGUGAGAGCCUCUGGCUGCAGUCCUCAAAUGCUUUCAGUGCUUUUUUAAAUACAAGAAACAGAAUCCUUUUAAGAAGCAACCAGGUAAUGUCCGGUUGCUUUUUAUGAUUCCCAAGCUGGCAGAAGUGCCGUAGGCCUUUCGAUGGCCAGAGGAUUGCACAGUCCGGUUUCUCCCAGUUUCCUGCUGGCUUCUUUGGACGUGGCUUCACCACUUCAGCCUCCUUUAGGGCCACCUAUUCACCCCUGUCUGGGCGGAACCUGGAAACUGCACGCGGCAUUGGCUGGGGGGCUGGGCGUGGUGGCUCUUGGGGUCCUCUAUGCCAAGCUGGCCCUCAGCACGGGCGGGGCAGAGCCGUGGGGCCCCUAGAUUGCUGAGGUUAAGGCUCCCGAAGAGCUGUACUUGCGUUCAAGGCCUUGAGCACCGUUAGUUUCUGCCCUGCUCCCUGCUGCUUCAGGAAAAUCAACUCUAAUGAAAGCCCUUUUGAGUGAGGUCACUCAGGCUUUCGGGGAUUUAUUCUUUAGCGUGUUGAAGUGGUUUGCUGAGGUCCAGCCUGAUGGAUCACUGAGCGCUCUCUGCUCUCUGGUGCUCUGUGAGUGGGAAGGUUGCCUAGCAACCAGGCCCAGGGCCAGCCUCCUAGCUUUUCACACAGCGGGGCUCCUCCUCCCGCCCUUACUCGCCCAGCCCUCUUUGGCAGAACGGGUGGCUGCCCCGCCCCCUCUGCCCUGCAGUCCUGCAAGUAGGGGGGGGGGCUGGUGCCUCAGGUCGGGUCAGGGCGGCUCCACUAGCUUCCAGGGCCCCAGCGUAGUUGGGGCCGGUGUGACCUGGGAUGAAGGCGUUUGGAGGCAUGGGAAGGAACAGGGAAGACAGGGAAGGAACAGUGAGCCUUUUCCACUGAACACCGACCCUGCCCUCUCCCACCGUGACGAGGUCUGUCCCUCCUGGCAAGACAGGUUCAGCUCACCUAAGGGGGCCUCAGCCGAGGUGAAGAUCCAAGAGAUGGUGAAACUGGGCCAUGAGCUGAUGCUGUGUGGGCUGGAUGACCACGAGCUCCUGAAGGGCCGGGCCUGUGCCCAGAAGCAGCUGCGCUUCAUGGACCAGCUGCUGGACGUGGUCCGGAGCCUGACUGUCGGACGCUCCAGCUGCCGCAGUGUGAAAGAGCACUUCGAGGACACCCGGGAGAAGAAUGAGGCGCUGCUGGGGGAGUUCUUCUUGAGCCCCCACCUGCAGAUGCUCCUGAGCCCCGAGUGUGACGCGUGGCCCCUGGGCCUGCAGCCACUUCUCGACAAGCAGAGCAAUGCCUGGCAGAGGGCCAGCCCCUCCAUCGAGUCAGAGGACGACAAGGUGGCAGAGCUGGCCCGGCAGCUGCAGGAGAGUGCCUCGAAGCUGCAGUCGCUCAGGGUGGAGUGCUUUGCGCAGCACAAGCAAGGAGCCGCUGUGAGUGGGGCCGACGCCAGCACCCUAGACCAGAAGCUGCGCCUGGUCAUCUCUGACUUCCGGCAGCUCAUCGUGGCUUUCCUGCAAGUCUAUGACGAUGAGCUGGGAGACUGCUGCCAGCGCCCAGGCCCCAACCUCCGCCCGUGCGGCCCCAUCAUCCAGGCCGUGUACCAGACUCUGACCUCAUGCAGCCAACUGUUGAAAGCGGUCGUGGAGGUCACUGACACCUCAGUGAAAGCCGUGCGGAUGGCGAAGCAGCAGCAGGGCAAGCAGAUCUGUUGGGGCAGCAACAAUUCUGUGAUGAGUCUAGGAAACACCAACAAGGAGAAGCGCAAGCAGGCACCCUUAGGAGUUAAGAAUGGGGCGGAUAAACAAAACAAGGACAAAGAAAAGCAGCACAGAGGCCUGAUGCGGAGAAAGGAAGGAAGGAGGAGGGCGGAGGUCGCAGAGCUGAGGGCUGAGUACAGAGCAGGUGGACCCCGAAGACGCAUCCGCAGGCCUAGUCUCCUGCAACCUGGAGUAGCUGGGACGCAGCAGCAGGGCCCAGGCUUCCAGAGACAACACGACCCAGCCAAGCCCUGAGCCAAGAGAAGGCAAGGCAGGACGAGGGCCCGGAACAAAGGAGAGACGUCCAUCAGAAUGGGAGGGGUAACCUGGAAAUACAAGGUCUUCAACGAUGGCCUGCCCAAUGGCCUGCAGUAGCCUGGGAGCAGGGCGCUCUGCCCCGAAGAGCCAGGCAGCAGCCAGCCCCAGUGCUCCCCGGGCUGCCCUCCACGUGCUCCGUACCGUCAGCGAUUGGGGGGGGCGUGACGAGGGCCCGGAGGUGGGGCGGGGCGGUGUGAGCUGGGGACCAAAGAAAGCUCAGGUUCUAAGAAGUUGCCUCCAGCCUACUUUUUUUUUUAAACAUCUUUCUUGAAGUAUAA